CCAUCGCAUAAAAUGAUGGAGGAAGGCGGUGCUAAUCAGAGCGCUUUAGCAGCCAUCGCGGUGGAAGAUCCGGGCGUGAGUGACACGAGAGAACGCGGGGCGGCUGCAAAGAUGGUGAAGUCCGUAGGAAGCCUGACUGAAUUCAAUGCACAUUUGAAUGAGGCUGGUGAAAAACUUGUUGUAGUUGACUUCUCUGCCACUUGGUGUGGGCCAUGCAAAAUGAUUAAGCCUUUCUUCCAUAGUCUUUCCGAAAAGUACCCAGGUGUAAUAUUUAUUGAAAUCGACGUGGAUGAUGCUCAGGAUGUGGCCGCCCACUGUGAUGUGAAGUGCAUGCCGACAUUCCAGUUCUACAAGAAUAAUGAAAAGGUGCAUGAGUUUUCUGGUGCAAACAAAGAGAAGCUGGAAGAAACUAUCAAGAGGUUUCAGUAACCAUGGGGCUUUUCCUGUUCAUGAAGUGCUGACUGUUAUAAAUUAUAGCCUUUUCUACACAGCAGAGUGAUCAAGUUAGAAUAUGUGUCUGAAUUCUUUGUCUCUUCCUACUGUAAAUGGAAACAAUAAAAAUGUAUAAACAGGUU